GCUGCCGUGCCCGAUCGACAUUCAAUGCCGACACCUUCGAUUUUAGUCUUUGUCAUCGCUACUCCAAGCAUUAGUCUUGGUGUGCUGAAGAGAAAGCAAGCAGCACUUUUGCUCGCCUCUCGCCAAAUAAUUAUUAUUUUUCUAAUCGCCAUAGCUCCGAGUGUUGGUUUCGAGUUGAUCGCUCGUCUUACUCCGCAACCAUGCUGUCAUCCAAGAAAAGUCUUAUCAAAAAGUUGUGGAAAUCAUCCAGUGUUGCAAGUCACGCUGAAGGAGAUUCAAUGCUGGAAUUGCUGAAAGUUAUUUGCAAGCAAUCAGAAGCGAAAGAGCUGAAGAGCUUUGGCCUGGCACAGGAGGAUGACGCUGGAGCGUGCUGGAUGCUGCCGACGAACACCGUCAGUGUCAAUGUAGUGGUUUCUGGUGAACAGCACCUUCUCAAUGUCACACCCGAGGCGGUGUGUUGUAAGGUUUUCAGAUGGCCGGACUUGGAUCUCUCUGCGGAAGAUGUUAUUCGCAGAUUGCCAAUUUGCCCCGACGCAACAAGCUCUGGCAAGCGCUGCUGCAAUCCCUUUCACUUUGGCAAACUAUUACACUUCAGGAGUACACCACUGGACAGGAUAUCAUUGCAACAUUGUUCAUCAACGACAGAGCUCGGCAAGACUUCAGAUUCUGUCAGCUGUGAUUCGGCGUUCGACGAAACCACUGUCUCGAGUUCAGCUGGCAGACAACACACGAUCGUACGCAGACAUUUCGCAGCGGACGGCACAACGGGCUCAGAGGAGAGCGGCAUGGAGGGAAGUAGCGGCGCUUCACUAGCCUACGAAGCGUGCUGCCCUGAUCUGGAUGCUGGAGAACAUGAGAAGCCUGUCAGCCCUGCUCGACGACGAGAGCGUCCAGCGACUGAGUCAUGGCUCACCAUGGCCUACUGGGAAGGAAGAGAGAGAAUGGGUCGCCAGCGGACGUGCAAGAGUUCCGCCAUGCAUGUUUACCACGAGGGUUCUGCGCAGCUCGACGGCUCGUUCAACAUUGGCAGCAUCAAGAGCCGGUGCCGCAGUGCUGCUGCCGAGAAACGCCGCCAGCAGAUCGGAAGUGGCUUCUUCAUGUGGCGGACGCAUGACAACCAGAAAGUGUGCCUGUACAAUGGCAGCAAGCACUCAAUGUAUGUGCAGAGCCCCACGCUGGCCUGUUCUCAGUUAGACGGCGAGGACAAGCUGGUCAAGGCGAUUCCGUCCGGUCACAUUGUAGAGAUCUUCGACUGGCAGCGUGCCGUUCAGCUGGAGGAUUACCUCCGCAGUCGCAGGCAGCUGACGUUUCCGUUUGAUGUGAUGGCAGUGCGUGUGAGCAUGGUGUCUGGCUGGGGCUAUGGCCAUCGGCGCCCUACUGUCAUGCAGUGCCCGUGCUGGAUUGAAGCAUUCUUUGAGCCAGAAAGCGACUAAGCAUCGGAGAGCUGCCUCUAAGAACUAUUUCACAUCACCUGCGCACAAUCGCACUGAAUCAACCGUGUGCAGCCUGCAAUUACAGGACUUCUUCUACAGCUUCCAGAGAAGCACUACCCACUGCAUCAUAGGUAUCACCCCGGCUGUAUCUGCUGUUUUUAUAAUAAUUAUUUCACUUGAUCUGAGAUGCUAGAUAGCAACUACGCCACGAGUUGCUUGCUGGGCACGCACACACCGAGUUUCCUUGAACACUGCUCUUGAGUUCAUUACUGUGUGCUCGAUAUUGCCACAGUUGAUACAGGUCUGCUAUACCUGCUGGCUUGACACUUUCUCCGGCUUUGAAACUUCCUUGACUGUUGACAGUGACCUUUUCCCAUGAUUUAUCCCGGAUAUAAUGUUCCUUUGACCAUACAGUUGAGCGACUUACACGAAAGGAGCUCUGAUAUUACUGACAACUAUACUAGCACCUGCGUUGAGAGUGAGAGAGAACAAAUGAAUCACAUCUAUCCUAUAUUUGAAGAUAUUUGCUAUAAUCCUA